GUGGCUGCCGGCGGGCCAAGGGUUAAGCGAGGCGGGAGCCCCCGGCGCGGAGCGGCUCGGGGCCGGGAAUGCUUAGUCAGGAUUCCGAUUUCCUGUCGAAGUGUUUGGAUUUCCUGAAACCCGCGCCCUCCGCCGCCGAGCGGGAUCGUGCGAGCCGCUCGCGUCGCCGCGGCCUCCUCCCCCUCGGCACAUGGUCGCCCGCCCCUUCCUGCGCCGCGCUCGGCUCCCGCGCCUCGCCUGGCCUGGCCGCCGCCGCGGGCGAGCACUGUGCGCUGGGCAGCCCCGGGCCCGCGCCUCCCGCCCAGCCGGCGCUUCCCGGUCGCAGUUCGCUUUCCCACCCGAGAGCCGCGAGCGCCCGGCCGAGCCCGCGAUGGAAUAAUGCCCAGCGGUCCGCCAGGUCCCGGUCGUUUUCUGAUGUGACGGCUGAGACAUGAGAUCUUCAGCCUCCAGGCUCUCCAGUUUUUCGUCGAGAGAUUCACUAUGGAAUCGAUAUCCAGGAAUGAUUUUCAGAGUAUUUGAGAAAAUGAGAGGUGCAGAUGGUUUUCACUGAGGCAUGGUUUCAAAUUUAAAGAGGAUUAUGGCCCAGAAAUGGAUGCCGGACCAGAUCUCUGUCUCGGAGUUCAUCGCCGAGACCACCGAGGACUACAACUCGCCCACCACGUCCAGCUUCACCACGCGGCUGCACAACUGCAGGAACACCGUCACGCUGCUGGAGGAGGCUCUAGACCAAGAUAGAACAGCCCUUCAGAAAGUGAAGAAGUCUGUAAAAGCAAUAUAUAAUUCUGGUCAAGAUCAUGUACAAAAUGAAGAAAACUAUGCACAAGUUCUUGAUAAGUUUGGGAGUAAUUUUUUAAGUCGAGACAACCCCGACCUUGGCACCGCGUUUGUCAAGUUUUCUACUCUUACAAAGGAACUGUCCACACUGCUGAAAAAUCUGCUCCAGGGUUUGAGCCACAAUGUGAUCUUCACCUUGGAUUCUUUGUUAAAAGGAGACCUAAAGGGAGUCAAAGGAGAUCUCAAGAAGCCAUUUGACAAAGCCUGGAAAGAUUAUGAGACAAAGUUUACAAAAAUUGAGAAAGAGAAAAGAGAGCACGCAAAACAACAUGGGAUGAUCCGCACAGAGAUAACAGGAGCGGAGAUUGCGGAAGAAAUGGAGAAGGAAAGGCGCCUCUUUCAGCUCCAAAUGUGUGAAUAUCUCAUUAAAGUUAAUGAAAUCAAGACCAAAAAGGGUGUGGAUCUGCUGCAGAAUCUUAUAAAGUAUUACCAUGCACAGUGCAAUUUCUUUCAAGAUGGCUUGAAAACAGCUGAUAAGUUGAAACAGUACAUUGAAAAACUGGCUGCUGAUUUAUAUAAUAUAAAACAGACCCAGGAUGAAGAAAAGAAACAGCUAACUGCACUCCGAGACUUAAUAAAAUCCUCUCUUCAACUUGAUCAGAAAGAAGAUUCUCAGAGCCGGCAAGGAGGAUACAGCAUGCAUCAGCUCCAGGGCAAUAAGGAAUAUGGCAGUGAAAAGAAGGGGUACCUGCUAAAGAAAAGUGACGGGAUCCGGAAAGUAUGGCAGAGGAGGAAGUGUUCUGUCAAGAAUGGGAUUCUGACCAUCUCACAUGCCACAUCUAACAGGCAACCAGCCAAGUUGAACCUUCUCACCUGCCAAGUAAAACCUAAUGCCGAAGACAAAAAAUCUUUUGACCUGAUAUCACAUAAUAGAACAUAUCACUUUCAGGCAGAAGAUGAGCAGGAUUAUGUAGCAUGGAUAUCAGUAUUGACAAAUAGCAAAGAAGAGGCCCUAACCAUGGCCUUCCGUGGAGAGCAGAGUGCGGGAGAGAACAGCCUGGAAGACCUGACAAAAGCCAUUAUUGAGGAUGUCCAGCGGCUCCCAGGGAAUGACAUUUGCUGCGAUUGUGGCUCAUCAGAACCCACCUGGCUUUCAACCAACUUGGGUAUUUUGACCUGUAUAGAAUGUUCUGGCAUCCAUAGGGAAAUGGGGGUUCAUAUUUCUCGCAUUCAGUCUUUGGAACUAGACAAAUUAGGAACUUCUGAACUCUUGCUGGCCAAGAAUGUAGGAAACAAUAGUUUUAAUGAUAUUAUGGAAGCAAAUUUACCCAGCCCCUCACCAAAACCCACCCCUUCAAGUGAUAUGACUGUACGAAAAGAAUAUAUCACUGCAAAGUAUGUAGAUCAUAGGUUUUCAAGGAAGACCUGUUCAACUUCAUCAGCUAAACUAAAUGAAUUGCUUGAGGCCAUCAAAUCCAGGGAUUUACUUGCACUAAUUCAAGUCUAUGCAGAGGGGGUAGAGCUAAUGGAACCACUGCUGGAACCUGGGCAGGAGCUUGGGGAGACAGCCCUUCACCUUGCCGUCCGAACUGCAGAUCAGACAUCUCUCCAUUUGGUUGACUUCCUUGUACAAAACUGUGGGAACCUGGAUAAGCAGACGGCCCUGGGAAACACAGUUCUACACUACUGUAGUAUGUACAGUAAACCUGAGUGUUUGAAGCUUUUGCUCAGGAGCAAGCCCACUGUGGAUAUAGUUAACCAGGCUGGAGAAACUGCCCUAGACAUAGCAAAGAGACUAAAAGCUACCCAGUGUGAAGAUCUGCUUUCCCAGGCUAAAUCUGGAAAGUUCAAUCCACACGUCCACGUAGAAUAUGAGUGGAAUCUUCGACAGGAGGAGAUAGAUGAGAGCGAUGAUGAUCUGGAUGACAAACCAAGCCCUAUCAAGAAAGAGCGCUCACCCAGACCUCAGAGCUUCUGCCACUCCUCCAGCAUCUCCCCCCAGGACAAGCUGGCACUGCCAGGAUUCAGCACUCCAAGGGACAAACAGCGGCUCUCCUACGGAGCCUUCACCAACCAGAUCUUCGUUUCCACAAGCACAGACUCGCCCACAUCACCAACCACGGAGGCUCCCCCUCUGCCUCCUAGGAACGCCGGGAAAGGUCCAACUGGCCCACCUUCAACACUCCCUCUAAGCACCCAGACCUCUAGUGGCAGCUCCACCCUAUCCAAGAAGAGGCCUCCUCCCCCACCACCCGGACACAAGAGAACCCUAUCCGACCCUCCCAGCCCACUACCUCAUGGGCCCCCAAACAAAGGCGCAGUUCCUUGGGGUAACGAUGGGGGUCCAUCCUCUUCAAGUAAGACUACAAACAAGUUUGAGGGACUAUCCCAGCAGUCAAGCACCAGUUCUGCAAAGACUGCCCUUGGCCCAAGAGUUCUUCCUAAACUACCUCAGAAAGUGGCACUAAGGAAAACGGAUCAUCUCUCCCUAGACAAAGCCAACAUCCCGCCCGAAAUCUUUCAGAAAUCAUCACAGUUGGCAGAGUUGCCACAAAAGCCACCACCUGGAGACCUGCCCCCAAAGCCCACAGAACUGGCCCCCAAGCCCCAAAUUGGAGAUUUGCCGCCUAAGCCAGGAGAACUGCCCCCCAAACCACAGCUGGGGGACCUGCCACCCAAACCCCAACUCUCAGACUUACCUCCCAAACCACAGAUGAAGGACCUGCCCCCCAAACCACAGCUGGGAGACCUGCUAGCAAAAUCCCAGACUGGAGAUGUCUCACCCAAGGCUCAGCAACCCUCUGAGGUCACACUGAAGUCACACCCAUUGGAUCUAUCCCCAAAUGUGCAGUCCAGAGACGCCAUCCAAAAGCAAGCAUCUGAAGACUCCAACGACCUCACGCCUACUCUGCCAGAGACGCCCGUACCACUGCCCAGAAAAAUCAAUACGGGGAAAAAUAAAGUGAGGCGAGUGAAGACCAUUUAUGACUGCCAGGCAGACAACGAUGACGAGCUCACAUUCAUCGAGGGAGAAGUGAUUAUCGUCACAGGGGAAGAGGACCAGGAGUGGUGGAUUGGCCACAUCGAAGGACAGCCUGAAAGGAAGGGGGUCUUUCCAGUGUCCUUUGUUCAUAUCCUGUCUGACUAGCAAAACGCAGAACCUUAAGAUUGUCCACAUCCUUCAUGCAAGACUGCUGCCUCCAUGUAACCCUGGGCACAGUGUGUAUAUAGCUGCUGUUACAGAGUAAGAAACUCAUGGAAGGGCCACCUCAGGAGGGGGAUAUAAUGUGUGUUGUAAAUAUCCUGUGGUUUUCUGCCUUCGCCAGUAUGAGGGUAGCCUCGGACCCGGCGCGCCUUACUGGUUUGCCAAAGCCAUCCUUGGCAUCUAGCACUUACAUCUCUCUAUGCUGUUGUACAAGCAAACAAACAAAAAUAGGAGUAUAGGAACUGCUGGCUUUGCAAAUAGAAGUGGUCUCCAGCAACCGUUGAAAGGCAUAGAAUUGACUCUGUUCCUAACAAUGCAGUAUUCUCAAUUGUGUUACUGAAAAUGCAACAUUAGCAAAGAGGUGGGUUCUGUUUUCCAGGUGAAACUUUUAGCUCCAUGACAGACCAGCCUGUAGUUAUCUGUGUACACAGUUUACAGCUACAAAAACCUACUUUGGUAUUUAUUACAGAAAAGUGCUCAGUUAAAUGUAAGUGUUAUUCCUUCAGCAAAAUAUUCACUGACCCAAAACUCUUUAUGGCAUUUUACAAUGCACACAGCCUCAUGCAAGUUUAGACAAGUGGAUUUAUACUAUCUUAUGAGUGCCCGCCCCUGAUAUAUUACCUCAUUAUGCAAAAAUAACAUAUCUUUCAUGACUAUUUUGACAAAAGUUUAAAACACAUAUGAAGUUCAAAUUUCAGGAACCAAGGACUGCCAGAAAAUAUUAGCCUCUACAUUAUGCAUGCAUUUAGAAGCUUACCUGAAAUCUGCCUUUUAUAAAGGAAUAGGAUGGAUAAGUGGAAUUGUACAUUUUUUAAACUUGAUUGCCAUUAAAGCAGAAAUUAUAAGGUUGCAACAAUAUUUGUUUCUGAUCAUUGGCUUUCUCAAGAGUAUGGAUUGACAUAUUGUGUUAUGAAUGCACAUCCCUCAGAUGUGUUGAAGCAUCCAUUGCAUCCAUUUUUUAUUAUUUUCUUAGUUUUGUUCUUGGACAAAUUUAAACUUUUAAAAGAUUAUUCAAGAUGAAUUUAAAAGUCAACCCUUCACACAGUUUCCCUACUGUAUGUAGAAUCCAGGUGCUGAAACCAAGUGUUUCUUUUCCCAUGCUCUUUGUUAAACCCCAAUUAUAGAUAAUUUUUCCAGUCUUAAGCUCUGUCCACCUUCAAGUCAAUUCAUAACCAAGUUUUUGAACACUGCUAUGAAUUGCACUGUGAAAAGCACUCUUCCCUCUCAGUUUUCUUUUCAUCCCAGCCAUGUUUAUCAGAUCCUUAAGAACAUUGUAUUUCAGUCUUUUACAUCAGUCUGAAUUUUGGAAAAGAAUGCAAUAGUUGUACUCCACAGUCAGUGGAACUGUUCCCUGAGUCCGAGGCUCAUGUGUCAUUCUGGCACUACAUUUGCUUAAAUUGCUAUUUUGGCAACAGCACAGAAAACUAAUAUUUUUAAGCAGAGAAUCUUGGCAAUGAGUGAGAGAUGUUAAUUUCACAGAAGCACAACUCCCAACCCAACCCUUAGGAAAAGCCCUCUUCCAUCGUUACAGUGCUCAGUGAAUAUUAAUUUAGUUCUGCUUAAGUGGUUGCUAUACAAACUUUGAAUAGCCACCUAAUAAAUAAACCUUGCAUGACAAACCUGCAAAAUAUUUUAUCAGCUGUUAUUGGAAAGUGAUUUUAAGCAAUUGCUUCCUCAGUGUCAGGGCACAUGUGAAUUUCCACACCAAACAGAGCAUGAGGAACCAGUUGACAUGCUGGGUUGUGACUGGCAGCUUUAGCAGCCUCGGUACUGAAGCCACACCAGUGUCAGGAUGGAAGUCUGCAUCUGAGGUUGCUCAGUGUCCCGGUCAUUCAUUUACACAUUUUAACUUGCAUUAAAGAGCUAUUCUUUUUUGUGGCCUAGACUCUUUUCACUGAUCUCAAAAUAAACUGGUUUUUUUCAAAAAAAAAAAAAAACACACACACAAAAGCUGCAUGUCUAAAAUUACAUGGAGUUAGUGUCUAUUCUUUUUCCCCUUUUGCAGCAACUUACACAGCAUUUUUAACACCUUUUUUUUUCUAGUUUUUUUGUUCGGUUUUGUUUUCCAUCAGGAAUUUGAGUUCUCUCUAACCCAGCUUACUGUGGGACAUAGGAAAACUCAGUAGAAAUACCUUUGGUGAUCUUGUUGAGUUUAAGUCUGAUCUUGAUCUUAAACUCAGUAAGCCACUAUCUGCAAUUUUGUACAUUAUAUAGUAUUUUGAAGAUAUGGAACCUUAUGAAAAAAAAAUAGCAUAUUAGUUCUUUUUCCCCCAGAGGGGAAAGUUAUGUUCUGCAAAUAGUGUGUGUCUUAUUUUACUGUUGAACAGCAAUUGCUAUUUAUUUUUUUAUUGCCUAGAACUUCAACAUGUUGUAUAGGAAUCCUGUAGUGCCACUAGUUAAAUGCCGAAUUCUCAUCUGGAUGUUACCAUCAAACAUCAGUACACUUGUCAUUUCACAUGUGUUUAAUGUGACAGUUUUUCAGUACUGUAUGUGUUAAUUUCUACUUUUUUUAAUAUUUAAAAUUGCUUUUAAAUAAACAUAUUCUCAGUUGAUCCCAGA